UUAUAGAGUGUGAUCUGGUAAGCUGGGACACAACCAGCUUAUCCCGGUCACCACUGCUGCUGUGACAGCCCCAGGCCAAGAACAUGGACAAGCUGCUGCUCUGGGUCUCUGUCCUCAUCAGCCUCCCAGAAGCUUUUGCUCAAGCAGAUCUCAGUGGGAAGGUGUUUGUAUUCCCUAGAGAAUCUUCUACAGAUCAUGUGAGCUUGAUCACGCAACUGGAGAAACCUCUGCAGAAUCUCACUGUGUGUUUGCGAGCAUAUAGUGACCUCUCUCGUGCCUACAGCCUCUUCUCCUAUGGCAUUCAGAACAAGGAUAAUGAGCUACUCAUUUAUAAAGAAAGAGUUGGAGAGUAUAGUCUAUACAUUGGAAGAGAAAAAACAACCUUCAAAGUUACAGAAACACUCCCUGCUCCAGUCCACAUCUGUGCCAGUUGGGAGUCCUCCUCCGGCAUUGCCGAAUUUUGGGUCAAUGGGAAGCCACUGGUGAAAAAGGGUCUGAGGCAGGGUUACGCAGUGGGAGCACACCCCAAGAUUAUCUUGGGGCAGGAGCAGGAUUCCUACGGAGGUGGGUUUGACAGGAGCCAGUCCUUUGUGGGAGAGAUUGCAGAUGUGUACAUGUGGGACUCCGUGCUGUCUCCAGAAGAAAUCACAUUUGCAUAUCAGGGCUCCCCUCUUAAUCCUAAUAUCCUGAACUGGCAGAAUCUGAAGCACGAAGUGAAAGGAUAUGUUGUCGCUAAGCCCCUAGUGUGGGUCUGAGGUCUUGAAUCAAUAAGGAGACUUGAAAAUGAAAUGACUGAUGCUUAAUUGGCUCCAAACAACUUAAUACUAGACCUUAUAGCUUUUUCCUCUUUAAAUUUCCUAUCUACGUUUCUGUCUAAUUAAAGAAAAAUAGUGCAUCUCAUGAGUUAAUCCUA